CUUCUCGGUUCAAGGUUUCUCAAAAAUUUGGCCUCGAGCUAUGGCUGAUUUCGCAGUUGAUUUGCUGAAACUUAUACCAGUGGACGAGAGCAUGGUCAUGUCUCCACUGUCUUUGAUCGUAGCUUUGGAUGUGCUUGAACGUGGAGCUGAUGGCAUCACGAAGAGGGAAAUCAAUGAAGCCUUGAAAAGAGAUUCAAAAAACGGCAUCGCUGAACUUCUCAAAACGCUCGAUCAAGCAGAUGGAGUCGCAACGGCAUUGGCAACGAAACUCUUCUUAGCUCUGGAUGUGGAAAUACGUCAAGACUACAACGAUUACAUCCAAAAUGACUACAAAGUUGUCGCUGAACAUCUUGACUUUAAAGACAAAAUUCUAGCCAUUGAGACGGUGAACAAUUUCGUGGCGGCCGCAACUCGCAAAAUGAUUCCAAAGCUUCUGAAUGACGAUUACUAUCACCCAGAAAUGCGCGCAUUGCUGAUAAAUGCAGUACAUUUCAAAGGAUUGUGGGCUGCGCCAUUCUCAGCCCAGUCGACCCGAAAGGACACAUUUCAUGGCAUCAAAGGCGAUCGCGAGGAAUUAUUCAUGAGGUAUCAAGCUUUGGAGUUCUGUGGCUACAACAAUGAAGAAGGUACGGAAACUUUGACGAUACCAUACAAGAAUGGAAAAUACAGAUUUGUCAUCUUUCUUCCCGCACAAAACAGAUUCGAGGAAUUCCGUAGUAAUUUGGACAGUAAAGUGCUGAGACAACUGCAUCAGAAUGCCAAAGGGUGCAUCGUCGAUGUGACCAUUCCAAAGAUCAAGCUUUCAUCUGAGCCACCCAUGAAGGAAAUGUUGCAGCAGCUUGGAAUUAGACAACUCUUUAGCGAGAAUUGUGACCUGAAGGGAGUAUCGAACGAGGAAUCGCUCUAUAUUGACGACGUCAUUCAUAAAGCUGUUGUUGAGGUAAAUGAGGAAGGUACAGAAGCAGCAGCAGUAACUGCAGCGACGGUGGAAUUAAUGAGCUGUGUGAUCAAUCCUUAUGCCACCAUCUUCCGUGCAGAUCGUCCAUUCAUUUAUGGGAUCUACUGUAAUGAUGAACCCAUCUUCAUAGGACAAUAUUGUUAAAGAAGUGCCAGGGCUUGUUUUUUAUUGCUGUGAGACAUUAAUGAUACUUUGAUGGUAUUCCUGAUGUUUUAUGCUUUUUCUGUUUCGAAUUCCACAUGAAUAA